UGUGUACAUAGAUAGUUGUGUACCUACAAAAAUCGUUACACGUCAGCUGCAAGUUUUCUAUUCUGAAUAAUUUCAAUACAGUUCAGGAUGUCAAGACAACAACAAGAAACGGACGAACUGUUCGAAAUUAGAAACUAUUUUUACAUUGGAAAUUAUCAGCAAUGUAUAAAUGAGGCCCAGAAAUUAAGAAAGCCAACUUCCCCUGAUAUUGCUAUUGAAAGAGACAUUUACAUGUAUAGGGCAUAUAUGGCACAAAGCAAAUUUUUAGUGGUACUCGAUGAAAUAAGUAGUUCAUCUCCACCAAGUAUACAAUCGCUUAAGAUAUUAGCAGAGUAUCUCUCAAAUAAAUCAAAGAAAGAGGGUGUCCUUAAGCAGUUAGAACAAAAACUGUCGGAAGGAUCAGUAGCUGGCAAUGAUACACUUGUUUUAGUAGCUGCUACUAUAUAUGAACAAGAAGACAAUUUGGAAUUAGCUUACCGAGUGUUGCAUAGCUCUGAUAGUCUUGAAGCAUUAGCAUUCAUUAUUGAUAUACUACUGAAACUAAACAGAGUAGAUAUUGCAAAAAAGAAAUUAAAAGAAAUGCAAGAUAAAGAUGAUGAUGCCACUUUGACGCAAUUAACCCAAGCCUGGGUGAACAUUGCAGUGGGAGGUGAAAAGUUGCAGGAAGCUUAUUACAUUUAUCAGGAACUAGUGGACAAAUAUGGUUCUACUCCUUUACUUUUAAAUGGACAAGCAGUAACAUUUAUAGCACAGUUAAAGUAUGAAGAGGCUGAAUCGGCUUUACAAGAAGCCCUGGACAAGGAUUCUAACAAUCCUGAUACUUUGAUUAAUUUAGUAACUCUUUCGCAGCACACAGGCAAAUCUCUCGAGGUAAAUUUGAAUGCAUUAAUUGAUCCCAUUCUAAUUAGAUACAUACUAGCAGUACAUCCAGGCUCGCCGCAAGCGGGCUUGCAUGGCGUGCAUCGCACACGGGCGGCACGUUCAAUGGGGCGCCAAAUUCUCAUCAUUGUGCAGUUUUUGCAGUUGCAAAAUAUUCUUACAGUUUUUAAGAAAAGUAGAGAAUGUUGACUUGACCGAUCCUUA